AAUGUAAUAAAUCGACUCUACUUGCCUUCCGACCCACGCAACAAAAGAGAUUUGGAAAUCUCUCUGGCAACGACGAACUAUGUAAAUGCAGAUAGUAAUUGUGGCCGUCUGCAUGGAAUGUUAUAAGCGGUAUACGAAGGAAAUUACGAAGGGUAUCGUUUUCAAAAUGUAUUCCCCUAUUGAGGGAUCGAUUACGAGAGGGGGCGGUAACGAGUAACGUUCUAUAUUACGUUCGUUAAGAAUAAGGGAAUGGGGGCGUGAACGAGAUUCGAAAGGAUCGACCAAUGACAAUCCUUUCGAUUCAGUUCCAAUUAUUCUAUGUUAGGUCAUUAUCGAUAAGAAGGAGUAUCACGUGUAUCGCAUGAGUCUCAGAAUUUCUCUCCUUGUGCGUGGGCCAUUGCGUACUCCUUCUUUCCUCUAGCAUUACUUACCAUUUUCCUCGCUCGUUUCCUUGUCGCGAACCUUCGAAGAAGACAUGUUUUAUAUAUUAAGUACGGACCGCUUACGACCGCUCUCAAGUUUAUCAUAAUAUUGAAUUUGACAUUUUCUGCCCUAUUAUUACUAGUCAGUUGCAUUCGUAAAACUCUGAUAAAUCGCACAUAUUUAUUUCGCUUUAUUCCUCGCGUCCGUCGCGUCCAUCGCGUCCUUGUGUUCAAUGGUGACAGUUUAAAGGAAUAUUGAAUGGUGCGAGGGAGUUAGAGGUGGUCGCGUCUCAAAUGCUUAAAGUUGCGACCAAGAAUCGGUGAAUUCUUCAUCUCCUCAAUAUAACAAUAUAACAAUAUAACAAUAUAAUUUUUUCUCCCUCCUUUUUCUUUUCUUCUUUUUCCAUGUGCCUUUCUUAAAUUUGUUUGUUUUUUCUUUUUUUUCUUUAUCAAAUCUCUUAUCUCUGACCGAGUAUUUCUUCUAAUCGAUUUGCCAAAUAUUAUCGUCCUUCGAAUACGACCAAAAGAGACGAUUACUGAAGACACGAUGAGGUCAAAGGAAAUAAUAAGCAGUAUCAAUGACAAGGACAGGGCACAGGGUUUUGCGAGGCGCACCGAAGAAUUUAUACCAUUUUUCCUCGACAAUGAAUACAAUCAAAAGGAUAAUAGGAAUAAGAAAGAUUUAAAUAAUUCCGAAGAUAUAAGAAAAGGUUCAAAAUGUUCUGACGAACUAUACGACGAGGAGUUGGACGCAGAUAGUACGUCGCAGAUAAUUUCAAUGUCGCGUUGCACAAAAUCUCGCGUUAAUGAAAUUAAGAUAGACGGGGUUAAAUUUAAACAUAAGAUUAAAAGAAGAAAAGAAUCGGAUAAAUAUAAAGUAAAAAGGUGUAAACAUAAAUGUGAUCAUGAAGAAAUAUCGAAGAGUAGAUCGAUCGAUAAAAAAGUAUCGACGGAAAAUAAUAGAAACGGAAUAAUCCCCAAUAAUAACGAUGCAGGUGUGAUAAAGGCGCCUAUUCAAAUAAAUAAACAAAGAUUAAGAAGGCCCAUUUUAGGUGCGUCCAAUGAACUGCGCGAGAAAGAAUUUGCCGAUGAUAAAGGUUGUUGUUUUUCCACACUUAAAACCAUGGAAGCGGACUCCGCUCUUUCAAAUGACAAAAUAAAUGAUACAUUAAAGGUACAUGACAACGACAUAGAUAUAAACGAAUUGAUGAGAACAGUUCGCCAGUGUGAACUGCCUGAAACCGUAAUUAUUGACAAAAUUCAAAAGAAUUGCAAUAUAUCUGAUAUUUUUAAUCGAACCUAUUCAAGUGUAGAUAUGAGAAAACGAAAAAAGAUUCGGGAUAAAUUUCACGAGAUCUUUGAUAAGUGCCUUACGUUAAGCGAGGAGGAGGAAGAAGAAUUUAUAAUAAAUGCUUGUAUACGUACGAGACAAAGAAAGAAGUACAAAAAAUUGUCGAAUGUUGAUAAAAAUAUCGAAUAUCCUGUGGUUUUGGAUAAGGCAACAAGACAACAAGAUAUAACGUCUGAUUUAAUAGUGGAUACAGCCUCUAGAAAGACUUGUGAGAUUUCAAAUAUAGAAUUGGUAGGAACUUUAUUAAAUACUAGAAAUGUUAGAGAAUUUGAUGAAGAUCAAACUGUCUGUGAUAAAGAUGUAUUUACUACGGAAAUCAAACUUUGCGGGGACGACGGCGUCCAAAAAGAUAAUAUUAUAAAGUUUCCUUUGCUUUGCGAUAAUAAUGACCUAAUUGAAAUGAAUCUUUCUAAUGAAUUACCGACUAAAACUUGCGAUGUCUCUGUGAUAGAUGACGUUGCUGAAGUAAUUCAGCCGGAAGAAGCGCACAAUGAGAUCGUUGAAUCAACAGAAUCGAUUAAGGUAGAAACAAACGAAUCAUCUGAUUUUAGCAUUUACAAUCGAAACUUUAAUGAUACGAAUGUUAAAGUAUUAACUAAUAACGCUAUUAAGAUAAGAACAUAUAGGACUAAUAAUAGUAGUAGCAGUAGUAGCAAUAAUAAUAAUGAUGAUGAUGAUGAUGAUGAUGAUGGUGAUGAUGAUGAUGAUGAUGAUAAUAGUAAUAAUAAUAAUGGCGACGACGACGACGACAAAAUCACCUGCCAUGCGUCAAGAAAUAGUUGUAGCAAAGAAGUGCAAUUAGAUAGAGAUUCUGAUGGCGCCAGUAUUAAAACUACAAUUACAAGUGCAGCUGUUAAUUCGGAUGCCCCUGUAGAGAAAAUAUUAGAAAAGUCUAGAGACAGAGAGAAUCUCACAAAGACCUCAAAAGCUGACACAUCCUUUGAAACGCCAAAGAAAAUAGACGAUGCAAUGAUAGCGAAUAUUAAUUUAACAGAAUCCUCCGCAAGAAAUAUUAAUGAUAACAAUGCGGAUAUAGAAGUUGUGAUAAAACCCACGUAUACCGAAACUUGUGAAAAUGCCCAAAGUAAUCCUAAGGUAUAUGAUAAGGGAAACAAGAUAAAUGAUGAUAGUUUAAAAUCAUCUAAACAAGACAUUAACGAAGAUUUAGGUCAACUUUUACGAAUGAAUAUAAAUAAAAAUUACAGAAUAGAAUCGAUUGGUAAUACCAUUAGCAUACAGGAAAAUGUUGUUGAAUCAUCUACAAAUCAGAAUAUAAUAGUAAAGGACAUUUGUAAAAAUCAAUUGAGCUCUAAUAAUGAUUCAACAAACAACAAUGAUGAAAUAGAGGUCGUAUUAGAGGAAUCAACGUUUGGUAUUAUCGAAGAAAAUAACGAUACGUCUGUUAUAAAAAGGGACAAUGAAAAAAUUAAUGACUCUUCGUUAAAUAAAAUCGAUUUCAAAGAGCAUAGUAAGCUCGACGAUUGUCCUUAUAAUUUUAUACAAUCAAAAGGAAUAAAAGGAAACAAAAUAAGGGUUCUUUCUAGCGCAGAAUUAGGCUCUAGAUGGUGUCCUACUCCCGUAGACACGUCUCUAACUGAACCUAUUAACGCAUUGGUUAAUGAAACAGCACUCUCUACAAAUGUUAAUGAUACGCCAUCUGAGCGUACCACGGAUCGUAAACGAUCGAUCAAGGAUGCAAUAAUACUCGACGACAAGUACCCGUCUCUAUCCUAUACAGAAUAUUAUUUAAUGUCCAUUCAUAGACGUAUAAUGCGUAUACGUGCGUUAAAAAAGAAAUUCUCGUCGAAUGAUCGUCGAAAUGUGUCCGCCAAAUUUAAAGAAUUAAUAAAUAAUGAUAUGCGAUUUAAUUCAAAUUUUAUAGUACUUCUCGAGGAAUUACUUAAUUUAGGUAAGGAAUUGAAAAUAAGGGAUUUGAAGAAAGUUAUACGAUACGCAGCAUCCGUUAUCAACAAAUCUUUCCUAACGCCCGAAUAUAAACCUAUAUCUUUGCAAGAAAUAGCCAAUUAUAUGACAUUAUUCGAUAAAUCAAUCUCUGAAACAUUUACAUUUACUUCUAAUGCUUCAUCUAAAUCCAAUUCUAGUAAUGCAUCUACAUUUACUUUUGACAAUGGCUUUACAUCUGCUUCUUCCAAUGACUUAUCCGCAACUAUUGCACCAGCAAUUUCCAAACAAUUAUCAAACAAUGGCAAUAACGUGGCACAGGUAGUUUUAACGAACGUUCAAAAUUUACAUGCCCCGGCGGCGGCAGAGGUUCAAGUAAUUUACAAUGAUUUACCAAAGAAAAAUGUAUACACCUCUAUUGGACCGAAUCAAAAGCAGGAAUGUAUCGUUCCGCAUUUACAAACAUCGAAAAAGUCUAAUACAUCGAUUUUAUGCGCUGCUCCUCCUCCUGCCCCUCCCCCUCCUCCUCCUCCUCCUCCUCCUCCGACGGCGGCGGCGGCCCAAUCGAUGCAUAGAAACGUGCAAUUGUUGAAAGAAAGUCGACAAUUGUUUAAGACGUCCAUGCCGUGUUACGGUCAACAAGCGAUCCAGCAACAAUUUAUACCAGGAGUUACGUUUUAUAAUCCUGCCAAUUCAAAUUCCAUGCAAUCACAUAACAACAAGUAUAUUACUCGAAGAUUAAAUUUAAAUGAAAAUGUACAAUAUUUUAUAGGGAACAAUGCGAAAUACGCAUCUCAAGUGGCAGGUCAAUCAAAUACCGUAUCGCAUAGAAUCGAUAACCCAAGGGACAUGUCCAAGUUGUCAUAUGCCCGACAGGCGUCGCAACAAGUCAACAUGUCUUAUAAUGUACCGCAAAGAUUUCCAAUUCAAAUGGCGCAGGAUAUUAAAAGCUCACAAAUCUCAUGCUCUAUGACAUUGUCAGCCCAACUCCCAAUGGUACAUUUUAAUAAUUCAGAAAAUUUACUACAAAGAAUAAAUAAAAUUCCAUGCGAAUUGUUAGUUCAAAUAUGGGAUCAAGUGACCUUUUGCCUCGAAGAAAGUUUCUUUGAUUGUAGAGCACACGAGAUAUACGAUAAGGGCACUUGUGUUUUAAAACUAUUUCACGUAGGAUGGAAAGAGAAAAUAUAUAAAUUUAUUCGCUACAAAUCCCGGCAAACUAGCGCCGAAUCUAUAAGUAAUCUAAAAAGUAAAUUGGCUAAAUAUAUAUAUAAAACGGCAACAAUGGAAGCUCAGAAGAGCAUAUGCCAGGUAUAUCUUCAAAAACAGAAAUCUCAACAAUUAACAGAUACCAUGAAGAUAUUAAUUCAAGAUAUGAUAAGUAAAAAUCAUGUUAAUGUAGAAUCAAAGUGUGGCUCGAAUACCGAAGUGAGCCGAUCUUCUAAAUCACAAAAAGAAGAACUGGACAAUAUAAAACUCGGAAAACAAUCUGAUUUACGUUCGUUAAAAAAUCUAACGGAAGAUAUUAAUAAAAGUGACGCAAUAUCAAAUAUUUUGCAAGGCUCAUUGCCCGUUGACAAUAACAACAAAUUUGAUAAUGAAUUAGUUUCGAUUAAUGAAAUGAAUCGUAACGAAGGAGACGCGGUAAAACCUUUUACAAGCUUAAAAAAUAUAUUAUCGGAAUCGGGUGGUAUAUUGUCUAAUUUAAGGAAUAAGGAUAUUAGAGUUAAAGAGGGAAAUGUUACUGAUAAUAUCGAUCCUCGGCGAUUGGAUUCGAGAGAAAGUCCGAUCUCGUCUGAGCCGCCGCCGCCCCAUAUAAUAGACGUACGAAGCAUAUCUCCAACUUCAUUUAAUACGAUUAAGGAAGUUUUGCCUUUUCCUAUUAAUGAUUUGCAAUUAUCUAAUAUUAACGACGAUACUAAAGAGAAUGGAAUUGAAAUAAAAAUUCAGAUUCCAGAAGAUGUAAUCUGUUUGAAUUGUUCUAAGAUAAGUACGGUUGUCUGCGAAAUUUGUUUAGAAGCUCAUUAUUGUUCUAAAGAAUGUGCAGCAUCGCAUUGGAUAGAAAAACAUCAUAAGUAUUGUAAGCCCCAUUGUGUAAUAGGGCCCAUCGAAAGAAAAACUUGUGUUUAGUCCCGAAUAGUUGAAACUUUGAUCGGUCUUCAUUAUAUGAUCUCCUAAUAAUCAUCCA